AUGGCUAAACGCACCAAGAAGGUGGGAAUCGUCGGUAAAUAUGGGACAUGUUAUCGUGCCUCCCUCCAGAAAAUGGUGAAGAAAACUGAAAUCAGCCAACAUGCCAAGUAUGCUUGCUCCUUCUGUGGCAAAACCAAGAUGAAAAGACGAGCUGUGGGGAUCUGGCACUCUGGUUCCUGCAUGAAAACAGUAGCUGGUGGUGCCUGGACCUACAACACCACUUCUGCUGUCACAGUAAAGUCUGCCAUCAGAAGACUGAAGGAAUUGAAAGACUAGUAUAAGUUCCACACUUUGAAACAUUGCUAGCCUAUAAUAAGUGGGUUUAUAUAACAAAAAAUAAAAAUAAACAGACAACAUAAUUCUAAUGUUUAUGUGCAAAGGCAAAAAAGUAAAAUAGCCAAAAUAAUUUUGAAAAAUAAAGUUGCAGGAGUCACGGUACCCAAUUUUAAGACCUACUAUAAAGUUACAAUAUCCAAGGCAGUAUAGAAUUGGUGAAGGGAAAGGACACAUCAACAAAAUAGAAAAAGAAAGUACUACAGAAACAGACGCAUACAAAUAUAUCAACUGAUUUUUUAUAAUGGUACAAAGUCAAUUUAAUAGAGAAAAGACAGUCUUUUUAACAAACAGUAUAAAAA